GUUUGCCCAAUUGCCACUCGCUCUCUCUCUUCUGUCUCUUUCUCUCUCUCUCUUCAACUGCUUCUUCCACAAAAACCCAAUUCCAGUAACCAUCACCGGAAAACAUUACCAAACCCAUUGCUGAGUCGGCACGAUUUCCUCACAACCUUUCAAUCCUACACAACCCCAGAAGACUGAAACCCAUCUUCAGUCUCAAACCCUAAGCCAUGAAACAACUCCACAAGCUGUCCACCACAACCCACAGAAGAGACGAAGAAAACCCCACAAACCUAACCACCCACCAACCCUACUCACCCAAAGCCCAGAAACAUCCCUACUCCAGAUCCCUCCCUAGAUCCCUAUCCUACCUCCUCACCGAACAACGUCUCCUCUUCAUCAUUGUCGGCAUCCUCAUUGGCUCCACCUUCUUCAUCCUCCAACCCACCCUCUCCCGCCUCGCCCCGCCUGAUCCCGACCGCCGCCGUCCCUCCUCCUCCUACGUGCCCUCCUCGGUUUCGUACUCGAACCGCGAGUCCGUGUCGAUCCCGUAUCGGAGUUGGGGCGGCAGCGGGAGGGUGCCGGCCGGGGUGGGGCGGAAGCGGUCGAGGAUAGUGGUGACGGGAGGGGCGGGGUUCGUGGGCAGUCACUUGGUUGAUAAGUUGUUGAGGAGGGGUGAUGAUGUGAUUGUGAUUGAUAAUUUCUUUACUGGGAGGAAAGAGAAUGUGAUGCAUCAUUUUGGGGAUCCCAGGUUUGAGCUUGUUAGGCAUGAUGUGGUUGAACCCAUUCUGUUGGAGGUGGAUCAGAUCUAUCACUUGGCCUGCCCUGCUUCUCCUGUUCACUAUAAGUACAAUCCUGUCAAGACUAUCAAGACGAAUGUGAUGGGUACGCUUAACAUGUUGGGGUUAGCAAAGCGAAUUGGGGCAAAGUUUUUGCUCACUAGUACUAGCGAAGUUUAUGGGGAUCCCCUUGAGCAUCCCCAGAAGGAGACAUACUGGGGGCAUGUGAAUCCAAUAGGUGUUAGGAGCUGCUAUGAUGAAGGCAAACGAACUGCUGAAACCUUGACUAUGGAUUAUCAUCGAGGGGCAGGAGUUGAGGUGCGGAUUGCACGUAUCUUUAACACAUAUGGGCCCCGAAUGUGUUUAGAUGAUGGCCGUGUUGUAAGCAAUUUUGUGGCACAGGCCAUCCGUAAGCAACCAUUGACCGUGUAUGGUGAUGGAAAACAAACGAGAAGCUUCCAAUAUGUAGCUGACUUGGUUGAUGGACUGAUGGCGUUAAUGGAAGGUGAGCAUGUUGGGCCGUUUAACUUGGGUAACCCAGGAGAAUUCACCAUGUUAGAACUCGCUGAGGUGGUGAAAGAAACUAUUGAUUCCAGUGCAACAAUAGAAUUCAAACCAAACACUGCUGAUGAUCCGCAUAAAAGGAAACCAGAUAUUAGCAAAGCAAAGGAGCUUUUAAACUGGGAGCCGAAGGUACCGCUGCGUGAGGGGCUGCCUCUCAUGGUAGCUGAUUUUCGAAAUCGCAUUUUGAAUGAAGAUGAAGGGAAAGGAAACAAAUAGAAGUUGCACAAAGCAAAGCCAGUGUGUAUAGAGUGAAAAGUAAUUUUUUUUUUUUCUUCUUUUUUUAAGUUGUUCAAUCUUCUUUUCUACAAUCUUCCAGUUGUCAUAAUUAUCCCAUUCAGUUUUACAUAUUACUACUUGGAGUGGUUCACAAAUUUGUUGCAUAUCAAGGUAGACAGAUCUAUUGUUUAUCUGCCUGCUGUUCUUUUGAGGUCAGUUAAUUUUGAGCCCCUUUCCGGGCCGCUGCUUUCGCAGUGGUGUAAUGGCUGUACUGAAUAAACAGUUUCUGAUUCGAUUUAUAAUGAAACCUUCACCUAUCAUUGCUUUA